GGUAAUAUGACAGUUUGACAUCUUUUGACAGCCGGUGUCAGAUCAAAAAUUGUUCUUUUCACGCACAAGGCGCCAUGGCCGCCGAUCAAGAACAGUUUUUCCAGUUAUUGACGACCCUUUUGUCCACCGAUAACACUAUUAGGACACAGGCAGAGGAAGCCUACUCAAACUUACCAGUAGAAAGUAAAGUGAGCCACCUCCUAAGUGCAAUACUUAACAACAACUUAGCUGAAGAUGCAAGACAGAUAUCUGCAGUGUUGUUGCGUAGGGUGUUCUCCAAUGAUUUUAUGGAGUUUUAUCCCAAAUUGCCACCAGAGAGUCAGGCCCAGUUAAAGGAGCAGAUUCUGGUAGCUGUUCAUAUGGCUCGAUCCGAGCAGCUUAGACAUAAAGUAUGUGAAGUUGUUGCUGAAGUGGCAAGAAAUCUAAUUGAUGAUGAAGGAAACAAUCAAUGGCCUGAAUUUUUAGAGUUCCUCUUUCAAUGGGCCAGUGACCCGAAUGAGAUCCUGAGAGAAGCCGCAUUAGCAAUGUUCACUAGCGUCCCGGGAGUCUUUGGCAAUCAACAAAACAACUAUUUAGACGUAAUCAAACAGAUGCUACUCAAAAGUCUGCAACGUACCGAGACCUAUGAGGUACGAUUCCAAGCCGUCCGGGCUGUCGGUGCUUUUAUUCUCAUCAACGACAAAGAAACUCAAAUUUUAAAACAUUUCGGGGAUCUUUUGGCUCCAAUGCUUAUGGUGAUUGAGGAUAAUAUUCAACUUCAAGAUGACGAUACUCUCCUGAAAGUUUUAAUUGACCUGGCCGAAAAUACUCCUAAAUUCCUAAGACCCCAAUUGUUAAAUAUCUAUGACCUAUGCAUGAAGCUGUUUAGCAAUUCAUAUGCACUGGAUAGCUGGCGAACUUUAGGCUUGGAAGUGAUGGUAACCUUGGCAGAAAUGGCACCGGCUAUGGUAAGGAAAAUGGCUGGAAAAUACAUGGAGCAACUGGUCCCGCUCAUCUUGCAAUUUAUGGCUGAUUUGGAGGAGGAAGAAGGUUGGGCAGAAUCGGAUGAGUUACUGGAUGAAGAUAAUGACUGCAAUAACGUGGUGGCUGAAGCUGCCUUAGAUCGAUUGGCUUGUGGUUUGGGCGGUAAAGUGAUUUUGCCUUUGGUCACCGCUAACAUUCCAGCAAUGUUGAGCAAUAGUGAUUGGAAACAGAGGCACGCGGCUUUGAUGGCCAUAAGUGCCAUUGGCGAGGGCUGUCAUAAGUAUAUGGAAGAUAUGUUGCCUCAAAUUAUGAAUGGAGUACCAGGAGUUAUGGAGAGCAUUCUUAGAUAUUUGCAGGAUCCACACCCGAGGGUUAGAUACGCAGCUUGCAACGCAAUAGGCCAAAUGGCCACAGACUUCGCCCCGGUAUUCGAAAAGAAAUUCCACGAUCGCGUAGUGCCGGGUCUCCUGAUGCUCCUGGAAGACAACGCGAACCCUCGAGUACAAGCACACGCCGGUGCCGCUCUUGUAAACUUCGCCGAGGAUUGUCCCAAGCACAUCCUCAGCGGCUAUCUCGAACCCCUUAUGGCCAAACUAGAGGUGAUUCUGACCGCCAAAGUGAAAGAAUUGGUGGAAAAAGGCACCAAAUUAGUGCUUGAACAAGUCGUGACCACCAUAGCGAGUGUCGCGGAUACUGCUGAGAACGAGUUCGUCGCCUACUACGACCGUUUGGUGCCUUGUUUGAAAUAUAUCAUCGAAAAUGCUAAUAAGGACGAGUAUAAGUUGCUUAGAGGUAGGGCGAUUGAAUGUGUCACCCUGAUAGGUAUAGCAGUAGGGUCGGAAAAGUUUAGCGCAGAUGCCACUCAGAUUAUGGACAUGUUACUAAAAACUUAUGGAACUGGCAUCGAAUUGCCCGACGAUGAUCCGCAGACCAGCUAUUUGAUCUCCGCCUGGUCGAGGAUAUGUAAAGUUUUGGGUAAAAAUUUCGAACCGUAUUUGCCUUUGGUAAUGGGACCCGUGAUGAGGACGGCGGCAAUGAAGCCCGAUGUUGCCUUGUUGGAUAGCGACGAGAUGGCCGGGAUUGAGGGCCAGGAAGAUGAUUGGCAGUUUGUGUCACUUGGGGAGCAGAAGAACUUUGGAAUUAGAACUGCUGGUUUAGAAGAUAAGGCCGCCGCCUGUAUGAUGUUAGUAUGUUACGCGCGGGAACUAAAAGAAGCAUUUGCUCCCUACGCAGAAGAAACCGUAAAACUGAUGGUGCCAAUGUUAAAAUUCUACUUCCACGACGGAGUGAGAACGGCAGCAGCAGAAUCGCUCCCGUGGCUGUUAGAAUGCACCUUGUGUAAAGGAACCGCCUUCGUAAACGACAUGUGGCGGUUCAUUUGUCCGGAAUUACUGCGCGCCGUCGACACCGAACCAGAAAACGAGGUGCUCCUGGUGCUAUUGGACUCGCUGGCAAGAUGUAUCGAAAAAUUAGGGCCCGCUUAUAUCAGCGAGGAAUCUAUGACCGAAAUUUUGCGGAUCGUGGAUAAGUUAAUGAAUGAACAUUUCGAGAGGGCCACAGAUCGGCAUACGAAGCAUUUGGAUGAGGAUUAUGAUGAGGAGGUCCAGGAGCAACUGGAAGACGAAGAAUCCGACGACAUUUACGUACUGAGCAAAGUAGCCGAUGUCCUGCACUCUCUGUUUACCGUCUAUAGAGAAAACUUCAUCCCGUUCUUCGACCAGGUCGUAAAUCAUUUCGUUCAAUUAUUGACACCGAACCGGGGCUGGGCGGACCGACAAUGGGGCCUAUGCGUAUUCGACGACGUCAUCGAAUUCACCGGACCAGCCUGUUCCAAAUACCAAGGCUUCUUUUUGGAACCGCUGGCCGUUUACGUAAGAGAUAAGAGCUGCGAGGUGAGACAAGCGGCCGCUUAUGGUUGGGGCGUGUUGGCCCAAUACGGCGGCGAACAAUUCGCCCCAGAAUUAGCCAAAAUUAUGCCCACCUUAGUCGAGAUUAUUAACGAUCCCGAAUCGAAGGAUAUUAGAAAUAUUAAUGCUACUGAAAAUGUCAUUUCGGCCGUGACCAAGAUCCUGAAGUACAACAAUUCGCAGAUUAAUGUGAACGAGUUGAUACCAAUUUGGUUCUCGUGGUUGCCGGUGGUGGAGGAUUCGGACGAGGCGCCACACAUUUACGGUUACAUGUGCGAUCUAAUCGAGCAGAAUCAUCAAGCUGUUAUAGGUGUCAACAAUGCAAAUAUACCCAAAAUCAUCCAAAUCAUAUCAGAGGCAUUCUAUAAAGAAGCGAUCGAACCUAGUUCAACAGAAGGAGCGAGGAUGUUAAAUAUCGUAAGACAGGUCCAAGUAAACGAAUCAUUUUUCCAAACGGUCGUGCAGGCGUUAGCACCGGAACAACAGCAGGCCUUGCAUGCGGCUUUGCAUGCACCUUCUUAGUAAAGCAUAGUUUCUAUUUAUUGUGUUUUCUACUCUUAUUUUAAAUUAAAAUUAAACGUUAUAAAUAGCUAUAUUAUUUUUUAUAAAACUUUUUAGUUAGAUGUUCUCAGGCUUAAAUUGUUGUAUUGACGCUACGGUUCAUAUAUUUGUUUAGGAUCUGUAUAUAGAUUUUACGUCAAUCGCCCUCCGUUUCGGACUGCAUGUGAUAUAUUUUUAUUUCUGACGGUUUUGACAAAUUGCUGUUGUCUUAAAAAUCCUGUUACUUUAUUUGGUCUGGAUUUUUUCCAGUACGUUGUCUUGAUUACUUAAUAAAAGUAUCUCUAUAUUCUUAA